AUGCCCCCUCGGAAGAAGCAGAAGGAUGGUGCAGCGGUCGACGCUGACGAAGCGCUCGGCGCGCCGAAGACGGUUGCCGUAACUCAGGUCAAACCCAAACGCGCCGUUCGCGGUCGCCGAGGGUUUCUCAAGGAUGUACCCAGCCUGCCGCUCGACGUGCUUCUCGAGCUUUUCAGCUUCUUGCACCCGCGCGACCUCUUGAGCAUCGCUCGCGCGAACAAGGCCCUACGUGCGGUCCUCAUGAGCCGCAAACAUGCGUACUGCUGGAAAGCCGCGAGAGCGCAGCUUGGCGACGAGUACCCGGAGAUACCCUCGUACCUCAGCGAGCCCGCCUACGCCGAUCUCCUGUUCUUCCAUCACUGCUACAACUGCACGAAGAAGAAUAUACGGACGGUGUACUGGGCGUUCUCCGCCCGUUACUGCAAGCCGUGUUUCGAAGCUAUGACCUGUUCGUACCCGAAAGAGCUAGUGAAAGAAGUGCGUGCCGUGCUUGAGGGCUUAUCGGAAUCACCUUUCCUGAACUCGCUCUGGAAUGAUUACCGCGUGCGAGACCCACGACACGAGCUGUUGGCCCACAAACCGGAGCUGGAGACGUUCGAGAGUACAUGGAAGGCGCUUUCGAACGUCGCAGACAAGCGGAAAUUCGUUGAGGAGCGGCAGACACGUGUCGAAACAGCACGAGCUACGCAUCGCAAACUUUACGGGCGAAGUGAGUUGGCUCGGCAGGACACCCGAUCAGGCAUGAAAUCCCAGAGAGAUGCCCGUUUAAAGGCUAUCAUGUAUCAGCUGCGAUCGGACGGGUGGAAGGAAGAACUGGAGUUCAUGAAGAAGGAGAAGAAGAUGGAAGUGCUGUCCAAGCACAAAGCCGUAUUCAAGCAAGAUAUGCUCACCGACGACGAGUGGGCCAGUAUCCGAGACGAGGUUGUGGCAGUGGUGGAGCCCUUUCGCGAAGCCCUGGAACAAAGCGUAGAGCGUAAGGAGCUCUUCGAGGACAGGGUCCAAGACCUCAAAGCGGCGUAUGACGACCAUAUGCGGACCGACGACGGCUACACACGCAGACGCAGACGCAUAUUGGCGAGCGAACAGGUGGCGCUUGUCUGUGACUUGGCAUAUCGGCCUGAAAUUAGAUCGCUCAUCGAGGCGACAUCCGACGAGGAAAUCGACGAAGACACGUUCAAACCGCUCAUCCAGGACUGUAUGGACAAGUGGGCGGCGGAGCAAAAGGCCGUCUUCGAAGAGAAGGCCAGGCGCGGACUCCAGAACUCGAAGAACCGGGCCGCCGCACAGGCACCCAACGUCCUCGACCUCGCCAUCGUCUCCUUCCACUGCACCGAAAAACAGUGCGUCUCGCCCUGGCCCCUCCGCUGGCCCGAGAUCCUUGCGCAUCCCUGCCUCCGCCCGAACCCAUGGCGUAGCAUUGAUGACCUGGAAGCAGGGCCCGACUUCGACUGCGUCGUUUGUUGGGAGGCUGAAUCGGAGGGAUUUCCCUUCAAGGCAGGCGAUAAGCAGGUGGCGUUCAACAAGAACGUCAAGGAGGUCCGAGAGGUCAUCUCCUGCUGUGAAGAAGACCCGACCACGGUGACGUACAAGACUAUGGAGGAGUGCCCUAUUCGCCUGAUGUGUGGGCGAUGUGCUAAGCCCGACCGGCGCGAGGUCUACGACUGGCUGGGAGCGGCUGCGCACGCGGUCGACCAUCAUAAGUCGAGCUACACAGACUGGACCCGGGUCGUGGGCGCUGAUGCCGCCCAAGCGAAGGAGCUCGCCGAGGUUCUCCACCUGGAUGUGGUGAAACAGGCGUACCGGCACCCGCUCUCCCGCCUCCAGUGUGCGUGGUGCCCCGAAUGGACCAUAGACGGCGAUGGCGACGCCUACGACCAAAUGCGCUACCACGUACACUCCCGGAUCAAGAAGCUGGUCCUCGGCGAGGAUCUCUACAUGGCGGUAGACCUGCGCGCGCGCGGCGCCCCGCCCGUGAUGAUGUUCUCCCCCACCCUGGCGGGCGAUCCGGACGUCGAGCUGCAGGUGAAGGAAGGCAAGGGCUUUUUCAAAACAAAUACACACAUGUGA